GCCCCGCCCAGCUGCAGGCUGGGAGUGGGAGCAGACCGGAGCACAGAGCCAUGCAGCUGCACACUGGACUCAUCAAUAAGACCUGGAGCUACAGAGACACACGGGAGGAACUGCCUCCUUCUAACGUGCCUUUCAGUCCAGUGGUUCCCAACCUGAGGGUUGGGUCCCUCCAAAGGGUCAGUUCGAAGAGGUUGUGAGAUGAUUAAUGGCAGAGGAAAGAAGACAACACAAAGAGUUUCAAGGAUGAGAAAAAUCAAAACAAGGACUUUAUUGCUCGUGGGAGCUCUUGGUCUGUUGUUGGUCCUCAAUCUCUGUAAAGACUUUAUUGACCGCAAAACCGUCCAUCUCCACGUAGAUGUGAAAGAGGAUAACUGUCAAAUAAGGCGACCCACCACAAAUAACUCCUAUGCAUACUCCUGGCCGAAAUGUCAGCGAAAUGUGACUGCUGAGAACAUCACAGGCUUUAACUCUCUUCCCGGUGUUAUAAAAGACUUUCUGUACUUUCGACACUGUCGCCAUUUCCCCAUGAUACUUGACCUUCCUGACAAAUGUGGAGGAGCUGAAAAAUCAGCAGAAGUCUUCCUUCUGCUGGUCAUUAAAAGCUCCCCUGUGAACUAUGAUCGUCGAGAGGUGCUGCGUAAAACCUGGGCGAAAGAGAGGUUACACAACGGUGUGUGGAUCCGAAGGAUUUUCAUCUCAGGGACGAUGGAUGCUGGUUUUGAGAAAGAGAGACUGAACAAACUGCUUGAGCUGGAGCAACGUGAGUACAAUGACAUCCUCCAAUGGGACUUCCAUGAAAAAUUCUACAACCUCACCUUGAAGCAGAUACUCUUCCUGGAAUGGAUGGAAAGAAACUGCCCUAACGCUCGCUUCCAUCUAAAUGGUGAUGAUGACGUCUUUGCCAACACAGACAACAUGGUCGAGUAUCUCCAAGGCCUCAAGGACAACGAUGGAAGCAAGCACCUCUUUACCGGCCAUCUGAUCCAGAAUGUGGGGCCCAUUAGAUCAACAUGGAGCAAGUACUAUAUCCCAGUUCAGGUACACAAGUCAGACUCAUAUCCCCCCUACUGUGGCGGAGGGGGCUUUCUCCUGUCUGGCUACACAGCCUUGGUCAUAUACAACAUGUCCCAGUCCAUUACCAUUCUUCCCAUUGAUGAUGUUUACAUGGGGAUGUGUCUGGCCAAAGCAGGUCUAAAACCUUCCUCUCAUAUGGGUGUUAAGACGGCAGGACUGUACAUUCCCUCCAGCACGCUAGAUAAAUUCGAUCCUUGCUAUUAUAAAGAAGUUUUACUGGUACACAGAUUCCUUCCACCUCACAUGUAUCUGAUGUGGCACAGAAUAAAUGAUCCCAAUCUGAAAUGUGGUCCGUCCAAGAAAAAGCUAUAGCAGCACCUUCUCUCCUGCACCUGAUCUUAGGAUGUGAGAGAGUGUGACCUUCAUUUGAGAUUUACAAGAAAAGGAUUCAACUGUUUUUCUACCACUGUUCAGCUGCAGGCUUUUGCACAGUCCAAAUGCCGUUAACGUGGGAGAGCAGUCAGCCUGACUCGGCAGUAGGUAGCGUAGCGUUUUUUGUUUUUUUUCCCACGUACUGUGUGGGUGAGCAGCUUCCACUGGAAUUAAAAAAGGGGUUGCAAACUUACUUUGUAACAGGCUUUGUUGGCUGCAUCUGAGCCGACAGAUACAUAGCACUGACAAAUGAUUUCCAUGUGCAGUUGUUCUAGUGUGGCUUGAGUGUGAAACAGCAGACAUGGAGCAUUAUUAUAUUUAUGGUGCCUGAUGGAGUACAAUAUUCAGUGGCCUUUGACUUUAAUGGAUGAACUCUUUCAACGCUUGAGAAAAGAUGUAACCCUUUCUUUACCAGUUUGUGUAACGUUGUGCAGGUACCACACACAAACAGCUGCUGGAAACAGGGUUGAUAAAAGCCAUUUGAUCCAACCAUAAAGUCAAUUUGCAGGCUGUAAAAUGUAAAACAAAACAUCCAUAAGAGGCUGAUAACUCCACAUAUCUGCUUUACAUAGAGUCACUUUCAUAUUCAAUAGAAAAUAUUGACUAAUGGAGCUUUAAGCUGUCGGUGAAGCUAAACUGUGCACAAAUAUGCAUCAUGCUUAACAACAUCUUAACAAAGCCUUGACAGUGAGAAAGCAUUUACAGGAAGAAGCUUCACCAAAGCUGCAGACAGCAUGUCUAUCUAACUAUAUUACUAAUGUGACAGCUCUUCUGCUUGGUUGGCUCUGCUCUUGCUCUGUUGUCUGUCUCCAGGGCUGCACAACUGUCAGAGGUUAAUCAGCGACAUUGAUCGCACCUGGGCCCAGAGUACCUCAUGCAUAUAAGCCGCAGCAGCAGCCAGUCCUCUUCUGUCAGACCCCGUGUUGUGGUUGUUGCUUCAUUUCCUUUGCUCGGCACGAAAUACUUCUCAGUGGUGUGAUCUUUUUGUUUGAUCUGAUAUUUCCUGUUUUAAAUCAUGCUUUUAUAUUUGUGUGAAAGUAUAAUUUAUUUAAUUGUAUUUAAGCAAACUUCUUGUACACCUGAGCACAGGUAUCGAAACAAUGCCCAGGGACAAUCUCAAAAUGGUGUGCACUGUUUUGCUACGGUUUCCAGGUUAGCGAGUGUGUCAAAGGUGUACCCAGUCAGCAGGGACGUGUUUAUAACCAAAUUCUGGUAGAUAUUUACUUAUUGUACAUACAAUUUUCAUUUUUAUUUCACACUUGCUAUGGCAAUUUUAGCAUAUAUUCCCCAUGCCCGUAAAGCCCCUUUGAAGUGAAUUAGAGUAAACCGCACUAUAUUUAAAGGCAGUGCUCCUGAGCAACAAAGCAGGGUGUUCAAUGCACCAACGUUUUCUACGUUUUAUCGGGGCAGGGCGAUAGUGGCGUCCACAGCCUUACAAUGAUAUGAUUCAGAAAUAAUUCCUCAGGGUUUCUCAAUCGUGAAGAUGUAAUGUUACUUAAUCUUCUGCUUAAGUUCAAGAGUUUACAGUUUGCUUUCAUGUUAAGAUUUUUUUUUUUUUUUUUUUUUGGUAUACUUGUGUUCAGAAAGAAAUUAAUGUUUGUUUUUGUGCCUUAAAUCAGUGCUUCUCUACAGAAAGCACUGUUAGAAUUGUAAAAAGAUGGAGGACUUAAAGGUUUAUGUGUUGUCACAUACGCUUAAUAUUAAUGAAACAACUGUCAGUAAUAACCAUUGCAAGGGUUUGCCUUUAGGACUUUGUAAGUUGGGAAAAAAAAAAAUCAUUGAAUAUAUCUGUUUUUAUUUUCAUGCCGCUAAGAAAAGGUUUUAUAUUGUGUUGUUUUUUUAUUAUAAUUAUUAUUAAUGACUAUAUGUGUACUGCAUAACAUGUGUUUGAUAUAAACAGAAAGCUGAAUACUGGUGUCAGAAGGUUUUUUUUUCAGACCUUUUUCAGGGCACACCUGAUGUGUACAUGUGUAUUUAUAGGCAACACAGCUUUAAACAUUCCAACACCAAUAAGUCAGCUUUUGCAAAUGACCUCAAAUUAAAGAAAAUAAUUAGGCAACACAGAUUAGGGCCUCUUUGCCAUCAUACUGCUGGCAUGUUAGAAACUCCUGUUUGACGGCAACAGGUCAAUUAUAAGCUAGAGCAGAUUCCAGUUGGUCCAGCCACAGGGUCCAGAUUUUAAUGCCCAUUUAUGAUCUUGUUUUUAGCUUUGGCCUUCCUUAUUUAAUCUUUUACUAGAUUUCAUUUUAUGACAUUUUAUUUGUUUUGUCAUUCUUGUGUUUUAAUUGUGUUUAGUUUUAUUGUACAGCAUAAGUCAAGGUCCACGCACUUUUAGAAAUGUUCAGCGUCAUACUUGCGUUUGGCCAUGUUGUUGAGCUAGUCUCUGUCAGGUUGUCACUGAAGCAAGGUUUAUGCUUCUGCAUACCUACGACGCAGAGGGCUCUGCGGAGGCGUUGCGUCCAACCAUGCGUCGAGGCAACGACCCAACGCAGACUGCAAGAGCUAUGAUUGGUCCUUCAAACUACAUCAUUUCCAGCAUUUCAUGAGGUUUCACUUCCUGCUGCAGUACCACAACACUGCCAUUUUCAAAAGUCUCCAUUGUGAUCGGUUGUGUUUUGAGUUUUGAUUAAAAGAUGGAUGUAAUAACG